CUCCCUCCCUAUCUCUUUGCGAAUGGCGAGUGGUCUCUGCCUCCACCGCCACCUGCUCUGCAUACACUCACCCAAGGCCAAUUGUUCAUCGUACAAAUUCGAAGCGCUCAUCAGAAGCCCUAAUUGCUCGGCUCGUCUUAGAACCGUGCCCAAAUCGUCACCUCGGAAGCACGCUAGCUCGUCUCUGGAGAGUGAAAGUCCGCCCCGAGAGCCAAAGUCUGCACGUUCUCGUGCUCCGGUCGACCCGGACCCGCCACCCACUUCGUCUCUUUCACAUUCGUUUUCUUCUCUUGCUCACCGUCUAAGAGAUGGGCUCAAGUUUGAUGAACUGGGGCUGGAGAUAUUGACAAUUGCAUUGCCUGCUGCAUUGGCUUUGGCCGCUGACCCGAUUGCGUCGUUGGUUGACACAGCCUUUGUUGGCCAUUUAGGAUCGGUUGAGUUGGCGGCUGUUGGGGUAUCUGUUUCAGUUUUCAAUUUGGUGUCAAAGUUGUUUAAUGUUCCAUUGCUCAACAUCACAACGUCCUAUGUUGCUGAAGAGCAGGCAUUGGUUAGUCAAGCCGCUGAAGAUUCCACUCAUAUUGACAAUGAUGGCAUGGGCGAGCACGAUGGCAAGAAACUCCUUCCCUCAGUAUCAACUUCUUUAGCACUUGCUGCUGGUGUUGGCAUUGCUGAAGCUGUUGCGCUCUCUUUCGGCUCUGGUUUCUUAAUGAAUGUUAUGGGUAUACCUGUUGACUCACCAAUGCGAGUGCCAGCUGAGCAUUUUCUUACCCUGAGGGCCUUUGGUGCUCCACCAAUUGUAAUUGCACUUGCUGCACAAGGCACUUUUCGUGGAUUUAUGGACACAAAGACACCUCUUUAUGCCAUUGGUGCUGGAAACUUGCUCAAUGCGAUAUUGGAUGUAAUAUUGAUUUUUCUUUUUGGUCUUGGCAUUGGUGGUGCUGCAAUUGCUACUGUGAUUUCUGAGUAUUUAAUUGCUUUUAUUCUUCUCUGGAAAUUGAAUAAAAAAAUAUUGCUUAUUUCUCCAAACAUUGAUGGGAGAAGAGUUUCCAGCUAUCUAAAAUCCGGUGGGCUUCUUAUUGGGAGGACCCUGGCUGUUCUUGUAACCAUGACACUGGCAACGUCCAUGGCAGCUAGAGAGGGUCCUAUACCUAUGGCAGGUCAUCAGAUCUGUGUACAAGUUUGGUUGGCAGUGUCCUUGCUGACUGAUGCUUUAGCACUUUCUGGUCAGGCUCUUCUUGCCAGGGGUUACUCCCAAGGAAAUUAUGAACAAGCACGUCAGGUGGUUCACAGAGUUCUCCAGAUUGGCUUAGCAACUGGAAUUGCAUUGGCUGUUAUUUUAUUUCUUGGGUUUGGGGCAUUUUCUAGCUUGUUCAGCACGGACUUGGAAGUUCUGAACAUUGCCUGGUCUGGUAUUCUGUUUGUAGCUGGAUCACAGCCAAUGAAUGCUUUAGCAUUUGUUGUUGAUGGGCUCUACUAUGGGGUUUCAGACUUUGGAUAUGCUGCCUACUCUAUGGUGCUCGUUGGAUUGAUCUCUUCAAUCUUCCUACUUGCUGCUGCUCCAGUAUUUGGUCUUGCUGGAGUUUGGAUGGGGUUGUAUCUCUUCAUGGUCUUGCGCGUAGGAGCUGGAAUUUGGAGGUUGAGCUCGAAAAGUGGACCAUGGAAAAUGGUAUGGUCCAAGAUGAAGCAAGAAACUGACUGAGCUGUGAUCAAGUUCUGCGUCCCAAAAUUUCUGCCUUCUGGUUUGGAUGUUGAGUGCCAUCAUUAUCAUGAGAUGUGACACCGACGCUUAUCCUAAUUUUCAAGCCCAUCAAACAACCUUUUACCAGUGCCUUGGUCACAAAAAAGAAAAAAAAUAGUUUCAAGAUGCUGAAAGAGGUGUACUUUUAUUGAGGGUACAAGGAUUGAUUAAUCAGAGUUACUGGAUAUAAGUCUAGUUAGUUUGAUAAGGAGAUAGGCAGGAUGUCUUAUUGAGGGUUUCAAGGCUGAGAUGUCAUCCCCUUCCGGCUUCAUUGGGUUCUUAUGUCUAUCACGACUUUGGUAUUUUCUCAGAGCUUUCCUUACUGUCGAUCCUGAUUGGUUUGACCCAUUUGUAACAGCCAUGUCAAUUACAAAGUGUAUAUACGAAUCAUACAAUUACAAAGUGAUCAGUACAUAAAGAACAAUACCCAUUAACGAUUGACAUA